AAAUGAUUCCGGUGACUAAUCUCGAGAUAAAACGCUUACUAAGCGAUACACACCCAAUUAACAUAACAUCCAUAAAAAUUACUUGAAUUCAUUCCAGUUAAAAAAUUCGUGUCGACUGACCAGAGUCCGCGAAUUGCUCGAUAAAGAUGAGUCAGUGCUUUAGCUUCGGCCCGAGCCCCAUCCCUUGCCACUCAUGGAACAAGGACAGAAGUCAAAUUGCCUUUUCUCCUGGCAAUAAUGACAUUGAAAUCCACCAAAACAGAGGGCAGAACUGGUCCCUGGCGGGCACUCUAAAAAAACAUGACCUCAGAGUAACAAGCUUAGAUUGGGCCCCAAAAACUAACAAAAUUGUUUCAUGCUCCGCAGACAGGAACGCUUAUGUAUGGACCGAAGAGUCCAACGGGCAAUGGAGCCCCACGUUAGUGCUGUUACGGAUAAACCGGGCCGCGACCUGCGUAAAAUGGUCCCCAAAUGAAAAUAAGUUUGCCAUAGGGUCCGGAUCUCGACUGGUGGCGGUGGCUUACUAUGAAAAGGAAAAUGACUGGUGGGUUUCUCGGCAUAUCAAAAAAAGUUUUAAAUCAACAGUGACCACCCUCGAUUGGCAUCCUAAUAAUAUGCUGUUGGCUACUGGAAGUACUGAUUUUCGUGUGAGGGUGUUUUCUGGUUACAUUAAGGAUGUCGAGGAGGCCGCAAAGGAAACUGCGUGGGGCUCCAAAGAGGCUUUUGGGCAAUUGAUGGCUGAAUAUGUGAAUUCACCUUUGGGAGGUGGAUGGAUUCAUUGUGUGGCUUUUUCGCCUGAUGGGAAUAAAGUUGCUUGGGUUUCUCACGACUCUUCGAUAAACGUGGCAGACCCAACCCUCGGCGCCAACUCCAUCAUCAAACUACCCACCAAAUUCUUACCGUUUUUAACCUGCAUUUGGACCGAUAACGGUACAAUUGUGGCCGGAGGUCACGAUUGCCAACCUUUGACCUACACUUUAACCAACAAUAACACGCUCACUUUUGCGGGUAAACUGGACAAGUCGUUACAGAAAAAGGAAUCGCAAGGCAUAUCGGCCUUAUCGAAGUUCCGUUUAAUGGAAAAGGAGGCGAGGAGCGAGCAGGAGGAUAAAACGUUGGAGUCUGCCCACCAAAAUCCCAUCGCUUGUUUUUGUGUUUACCAAGGGGUUAAGGGAAAAGUGGAGAAAAUUAGCAGUUCCGGGUUGGACGGACGGGUGGUUAUUUGGACCGUGGGAUCGUUGGAGAGGUCUAUGAAAGGACUGAAAAUGUGAUAACGAACAUUCCAAGCAUUUUGUUACUGUAAUAUAUCGGAUAUAUUCGAAAACCUUGAAUGUAUUAUUUAAUAAAGAAAAAAUGAAAAAUCUU